UUGAGUUCUUUCUGCGCAUGUUCCGCCCUUCACAGCGAGUCCUUUUCCACUUUGUACUCAAGCAAGUUUCUUACUACCCUGCUGGAGUUGGAUCUCUGAGGUGAAGGUUGGUUCAGGGUGCAGAGCAGCCCGUCAGGCCCGAGGGAUUGUGCAGGGUGGACGGAAAUGCUGUCAUUCAGGGAUGUGGCCAUUGAUUUCUCUGCAGGAGAGUUGGAAUGCCUGGAGCCUGCUCAGUGGGAUCUGUACAGGGAUGUGAUGCUGGAGAAUUUCAGCCACCUUGUGUUCCUGGGCUUUUCUUUCUCUAAGCCGUUAUUGGUCAGAUUUCUGGAGAAGAACCAGGAGCUUCGGAAUGUGAAGAGGAAAGCAGCAGCUGUGCCCCGAGGAAAAAAACUCUAUAAAUGUAAAGAAUGUGGGAAAGCCUUUGCUAAGAGCUCGGUCCUUACUCAACACCUGAGAAUUCACACAGGAGAGAAACCCUACACGUGUGACAUAUGUGGCAAGGCCUUUUCUCUGCCCUCCAUACUUCAUAACCACCAGAAAAUUCACACUGGAGAGAAGCCUUACAAAUGUGAAGUAUGUGGCAAGGCCUUUCUUAUGCCUUCCACACUUACUAACCACCAGAAAAUUCACACUGGGGAGAAGCCCUACGAGUGUGAAGUAUGUGGCAAAAAGUUUUCCAGUCCUGCAGACUUUACAAAACACCAAAGAGUUCAUACCGGAGAGAAACCAUACAAGUGCGAAGAGUGUAAAAAACCCUUCAGUAAUCUUUCAGCCCUUAGUAGACACAAAGUAGUUCACACUGGAGAGAAACGCUACACCUGUGAGAAAUGUGGCAAAGCCUACAGCAGGAGUUAUCACCUCAGUCGACACAAGAAAGCCCAUAGUGGACAGAAAUCCUACAAGUGCAAAGAAUGUGGCAAAAUGUUUUACUAUUCUUCAGACCUUAAAAGACACCAGAGAAUUCAUUCUGAGGAGAGGCCCUAUGAGUGUGAGGAAUGUGGCAAAGCCUUUCCUAGUCCUUCAGACGUUACUCAGCAUGCGAGAACCCAUAAGAGAAUGAAGCAGUACACCUGUGAUGAGUGUGGAGAGUGCUUUACUAUUCAGACAACAUUUUCCAACCUCCGUAAAAUUCGUCUUGAGGGAAAACCGUCUGAAUGUGAGAGAUGUCGAAAGGACUUUUAAAGGUUCUUCAUAA